AAACAGUAUUACUCGCGUACGGUUAUGAUGAUAUAUUUUUGUAAUUAUUUCGUAUUGUUUGUAAACAUAGUGCUUCCUUCUCUGGUAAUAGCCAAUUUCUACAACAGAGCUUCCUUUCCGAAAAGCUUUGUCGGUUCAAAUUUGUUUGGCGAUGGCCAUUUUGUGAAGAAAUGUUUUUCCAUCGAAGAUGUUGCUUUGCUCUCGGCUAGAAGUAAAUUCGAGGCGUUUGUUCCCAACUUUACUUCGAUAUCUCAAACUGAUUUGGAAAACGACAGAUCCGUUGAACAGAUGUUAGAGUAUUUAGAAGAAGUAGGUAGACUAGUGAAUUCAACAGACACAGUCGGUAAUGUACAGUACAUUACUCAGGCCGCUUAUUAUGAUGUCAUUGGAGGAUAUCUUCACUUCUAUUACUUGCCGUUCGUGAAGUUCUCAUUUUAUGCCGGUACAUUGACCUAUAGAAAUACGUUAAAAGUUUACAAUUUCCAAAACAACUGCAAACAGAUUCUUAAUACGCAUGGUAAUGGAUGGCGCAUGUCGACAUUCAAAUUUCUAAAAAUGCAAUACAAAAUUCCUCCAAUUAAUAUACGCUCUAAAGGCAUGGAAAGUGAAACGAAUGGCGUAUUCAAGGAUCCAUGUGGAAAUUUGCUUUUAGCCUCGGAUGAUGACUACACCUCUGACUACUCUGACCGAGAAUUAAUAGUAUCCCUACCAAGAAUAGAACCGGUGGACAACGAUAGCAUUAUAAACGUUUGGCUUCCAUUCAAGCACAGACGGAAUUUUAUUUUGAAUUCGAAAAGUUCGGCCUUUGUUCUGACGAGAUAUUAUGUUGACGUCCUAAAAUGCUACCAGUUUCGCAACAUGAUGUCCAAUCCGUUCAGUCGGAGGUUUAAGAAGUUGCUACACGAGAAAGUUUUGCCGCUAAUUCAGAAUGACGAAUUUUAUCCAGGAUUUGGUGCUAUAUUAAGAGUGCUGGAAACGUUAAAAGGCAGUAGUCUUAACCCAAGAGGUAUUCAUCAGUACGACAUCGACAGCGAUGAAUUUUGGGACGAUACGGCAAGCCUAGUCGAUGAAGCAGAUCCUAAUUUGAUUGUCAGUGGGAUAAAUGAGGCAAAAAAAGCUGAAACGGUUAAUGAAACAAACGUUUUCUUAAAAGUGGUCGAUUCCAUCAGGGGUUACGAGAUGCAAUGGAAUGAAAAACAGAAAACAAAAUACAUUUGCUUGGCUAUUGUUGUUAUGAUUAUCGGAUUGCUUAUGAUAUUGCUUUGCAUAUUUAUAAGUCGUGAGCUGCGAAAAACGAAUGUUAACACGUCCACACUAACUAGGGAGCGGAAGAACAACUGGAAAACAUUACUCAGAAAAUUAUCACAAAAAUCGGGUAAAAAUGAACUAGACAGCAAACUAAAUUCGGAGUCUGAUUUGAGAUACCCGCCGAAACAUGAAGACACAACAUCUGAUAGCGCUCCGGUCAAACCGACCACCUCACUCAUUAAUCCUACAGAGUAUAGACACACUUCUAGCGCAAGGCAUAAAAGGCUAAAACAUAAAACUUCAAUUAAGGAGGACUACAGUAGCAGUAGCUCGUCAACGUCCAAUUCAACAAAGUCAAAGAAACGGAAAAUUUAUCGCAAAAUUCGCGAUGAAAUGAAACAAUCGCGAUACUAUGGUAAUCAAAUUCACGGAAGACCUCGAUCAAUAUACUCAACGUUAGAACUACCACAGGAACUGAAGCAAGAUUAUAAUUUCAAGAUCAGAACGGAAGUCAGUGAUACAAAACAAAGAAAGAAAAACUUCAGGAGGCAUUCGUCGUCGUGUUCAGAAAUGGAAGUACACUCUUCCGGUUGGGAAACACUUUCUUCAUCAAAAGUAGUUGGAAAUGUAAAAAAUUCGUUGAGAAAAAAUUGAUUUUUCAUUAAAUAUUUGCUUUUACGAAUUUAAUAAGUCGAGCGAA